ACUUAUCCUAUUGUUUGUUCACCUAACCUUGAAUUUAUUUUCUUAGCCUCAACUAUGAUACAAAAAUGGACAGUUCGAAAAUACUACUAUUGACACUGCUAACUGUGAUAUUAUGGAAGCCUACAACUCAAUUCCCGAAAGACUCGGUACCAGCGGUUUCUGAUAGCAAUACGGCCAAACAAGACGAAAAUGCAAAGUCCGCAAAAAGUUUAGCGGAAGAGAUCCGAUCCAAAGCGAAUGAGGGGUCCACGCAGCAGAAAAAUGAGGUGACGAAUAAGUUGUUUCAGCUUGGGAUCGGUACCGGCAAACCGGAAAAGUCCAUCAACCCAGAGGACCAGGUGUUGCAGGGGAUUCGUGAUCAGAUCCUGCAGGGCACAAACGAAGAAGAUGACUUGUUGCAACAGGUACGAGACGGCGAUCUGUUUAAUGCUUUCCACGAAGCGAUCGACGAAAAGAUCAUCGAUCCGAGUUUUAUUGAAACGUUAGCCUCAGUUGGUAAGCCACCGUUGAUCAAUAAGUACACCCGGGAUACUCUGAUGAUCAAAUCGAUCAGGGAGGACGUUAAUUUCACUUUCGGGGAAAAUGUAUAUUCCUGGAAAGCGCUCCAACAUGCCAACAAGGAUCAACAUUUGAUUGUUGGUUUAAGUGCGGAGGGUAUUGUCAUUCUGUAUGAAACAUCCGGUGAGUUUUCGUUGCAACAGGAGAUUCCCAUGGAAACGGUACCUUCUGCUUUUGAGGUGAUCAAUGUGUGGAAUUCGACAGCGGAAGCAUCCGUGAGUUGUUUGGUAGUGGCAACCGAAACGUCGUUGAUCUGGUACUCGAUGAGAUCAACGGCAAAUUUUUCGCUAAUAGAAGAAUGGCGAUGGCCGCUACUCAAGACGACUACGGUAAUCAAGUUCAUUCACUACAAGGACAUCGAUAUGAUUCUACUGGUGGGGACGCAUCCAAACAAGCAAAAAACGAUAUCCGCCACUCUGUAUGAGUUUAAUUUUGAAAAACAACAGUUUUGGUUGAUGCAGAAGUUGGUCCUACAGUUCCCUUGUAAAUCGAUCGGUAUAGUAAACAUUGGCAGUGAGUUUUUAGUAGCGUUUCCACAGAACAACACCGCCAUGGUCUAUACUCUUGAAAUGGGCAAAGAAUACCGCGGCAAGAUCAGCCUGAUCGCGAACUUCACCUCGGAACAAAUCAACUCUGUGGGAGCUUUUCAGAUCGGACGCUUCGCUUAUAUCGCGAUCGGUGGCGAAUCUCCGCAGAUUCUACGCUACUCAAAUGGCAAUUUUACCUCCCAGACAGUUCCAAGCGAGACAUUGGAAACCGUGGAGUCAUUCAUCGAAUUACCAACUCGAACCUAUCGCGACGAUCUGAUUCUUUUGGUCCAACAUAGAUUGGCGUUUUCAACGCACGAAGUUCAGCGGUUGGAAAUUCUUGUGUGGAAUGGGGAAUAUUUUGACAUCCGUAGUAACAUACCCUGCUACGUGGAGGACGAUAUAAUGGAUAAUGAAGUGUCCUGUCUGCUUGAUCUGCACCGACCGACUGGAAUUGCCGGUUCAGCGAUCGUUCAGCGGGAUAAACAAGUCUCCAUGAUAAUUCCGCGUUCCGAUGCUCAUUCCAGUUUGUUCCACUUCGAAAUCAGUAUGCUGUCCGCGGAGAACCCCAUCACUCAAAAAGAGCAGGAAAUCCGAGACACAAUCGAUGCCUUCACCAAGAUUCUAGUCCACCAGGACGUCGUGAUUAAGCAAGCGCUCGAUCUUAUCGCUCAGGCAGAAAACAACGAUAAACCAAUGGUACUGGAUAACUGUUUAUUCGAAAGUGUCGAAGCGGAUGUUGUCUACCUGGACAGCAACUUUCAAUGGCCGGACGACAAUAUUAUCGUCGGCGAUGUGGUCUGGACCCAAGAAGAUAGUGCUAUUGAUGUUGCCGCACUCCUUCGCGAGAUGGAAUACGAAGAAGCCCAACUGCUUCGGUUAGAAAGUGAGCUUGAAUUUGCUAUCCCGAAAAAUCAUGGCCCCUCGUUGGAUCUGAAAAAACCGCUGCGCGUUGGACACCUGACAGUUGAGGGUUCACUUGUGACUGAUAAUUUGUACGUUCGUCGGUUGGAAGAAGCACCCCCGGUACAAGGUCCACGACCGGCGGAGCCUAUAAAAGAGCUUCGCGUGAAGGAUCUGGAGGUGCGUCAUCUUAACUUUGAGUUUUUUAAUGGGGAACCGGCAAGUGAGCUGGUUUUCAAUGUUGGAGAUAGUAUUGUUUUGGGUAAUAAGAUUGUGUUUGAAGAAACAGUGGUAGCGGAGAAUGCGAUCCUUCCGGAGGGCGGGACAGUCAACGGAAUCGAUUUGAGUGAGUCGAUGGUAUAUUUUAACAACGAAAGUCGACGUUGGAAGAAUCUUGUGUUUGACCAAUUGGAGGUUACGGGAGAUGUCAUAGUGCACGAUUUGAUCAAUGGAGAAAAGCUUGAUUUGGAUGAAAUGAAGGCUAAAUUCAGGGAUGCAACUUCGAAGCCGAAGGAUGUACUGACGGCGGAUACACUGGUGUUGAAUGGUAGUUUACACUUCAAAACUCUCAACGGGAUUCCCUGGGAGGACAUUGUUGAAGGACUAGUGAUGAAGAACAAACCAAAUCAUUUGGCGGAGCUGCGGAUUGAGGGCAAUUUGAUUUUGGAACAUCCGAACAUUACUGUGGACCGUCUGAACGAUUUUGCCUUUCCGGGUUCUUUUCUGUUCUCCAACAGUCCGACGGAAUCGAUCGUGACGGGACACAAGCGAUUCACAAACAUCACCUACAUUAACACAUUGGACAUCGGCGGCACCCUAAACGGCAUCGACCUAAAAGACAUCAUUACCCUGCACGACGAUCAGCACAUCCCGGGCAACGUCACCAUCGGCAAGCUGCACGUUUACGACGAGCUCGAGGUACGAGGCGAAAUCCUGGGUGAACAGAUGGAUCAACUGCUGGACAAUCCGACGCUGGAGCAGACGACGCACGUCAAGGCUGCCUGCCAUUUCCGGGAGCUGAUCGUUGAUGGUCCGGUUAUCAUCCAGGAAACACUAGACGGCGAAGAUUUGGAUGCGAUCUUAAGCGAGGUGGUGUACGACACGGAACGUAAUGUAGAAAUCACAGGUCUCAAGCGUUUCGAGUCGGUCGAAUUCUAUGAUGAAGUUAUCAUCCGGUCCGGUCUGGUAAAUGACAUAAAGUUGGAGGAGUUUGUCACCCGCAGCACUGAACAGACACUGGACGUGGAUGAGAUCAGGGGAGAUAUUUUCAUCGACAACCUAACUCUGGGUGGGUUGUUUGAUGGUAUGAAUGCUACACACUUGGAGCUAAAUUCGAUCAAGUUGUAUGGAGAUCAGUACACAAACGCGACGUUAAUUUUUGAGAAUCCUCCGGGUUCAACGCGUCCGGAUAUUGAGGCAAAUGUACUAAAUAUUUCAGAAAUGUUGAACUCAAAACGGAGAUCCGAAUAUGUAGAUACUGAUCAGGACGAAAUAGUGGUGACUGGCAAUUUUACCAUUCCGAGUUUGAAUGUUGAGAAUUUGUACCUGAUUUCAUCCACGAUCGACGGUCCAUCGAAACAAAUCAACGACGUGCAUCUGCCAACAUUCGAUAGUCUCCGGUUUAGUUUAACACGACCGCAGCAGAUAGAUGUGCCUUUUUACGUACAUAAGCUAUUCGUUACCAACGAAAUUAAUGCAUCGUACAUAAACGGGCAAGACUUUCGUUUCUUGAAGAAAAACAUACAGAAGGUUCAAAACAUUAGAAACAACAUCAUGCUGGAAGAAAUGCACAUCGAAAACCUGUUCGUAGAGGGGGAUCUUCAAGUGAACAUGCUGAACGGUAUCAACUUUGAUCAACUACUGCAGGAAGUCAUCUGGUUGAAUCGACCGAAUUAUAUUCCCGGUACGGUACAUUUCUUGGAUCCGUUACACAUCAAAGGUAAUCUGACGGUCAAAGGUUUGAUUAACAAGGUUAACUUCACGGAGUUCCUAGAUGACGUGGUGUUGAAGUCCGAUGAAGUGGCGGAGUUCUAUGGAACCAUGACGUUCCUAAAUGGUUUAGUUAUCGAAGAAAAUCUAGAAACGGAGAUCAUAGACAAUAUUCCGAUAAAAGACUUGAUCCUGAAGAAUCAAAGUAUUGUACUUCAUGGGGAUCUUGAAAUAGUCGGACAGAUGAACGUCGAGCACCUGCUGGUCAGUGAUCGAUUCAACGAUCAACCUAUCCAAGAUCUAUUGGAACUGUAUGAAUACGAUCCCACACGAGACAUGCACGUGAUCAAAGGUGAUGUGUAUUUUAAUAACGUAUCCAUCGAAUCACUGAACAUCAGAGGUGGGCUUGAUGAAAUCCCAAACGUAGAUCGAUUUCUGGAUUCGUUGAUCCGAAAAGAUCAGGACUAUUAUUUCACUCAACCGAUCGUGUUCGAAAAAGAAGUGGUGAUCGAUAAAGACUUUAAUAUCGGCAAACUGGACGGAAUAGAUAUUUCAAACCUGCAGCACGAUAUCGUCCGUAUCAACCAGGAAGCCCCCGUAGAACUGGACGCCGAUGCGGUAUUUCUGAAUCCGGUACACAUAGAGAAACUGACCGUCGAGGGGGAUCUGAUCGUACCAAGUAUCGGUGGAUUCGAUCCAGAUUGGUGGCAGGAAAAUGCAGUGAUGACGAAUGAAAAUGCUGAAAUUCGUGGCAAGAUUAUUUUUGCGCCGGGGACAUUCAAGGCAGAUCACAUUCAAACGCAAUACAUUAACGAUUUACCGAUGGAUAAGCUGAUCACACUGAACACCGAUCAGACAUUUGACGGUACCCUGCACGUUGACAAGCUGACGAUCACCCAACCCUUGGAAGUCGGUGGACUUAUCAACGGAAUCAGUUUCCCCGAAGAACGGGAAAAUACACUGAUGACCUACGGAACCCAGUUCGUCACCGUCCCAACCGUCGAGGCGCUGCAUUCACUCACCCUCCCACCGAUCGUGGACGAUAAACCAAUAGAACCGGAACUGGUAAUUGAAUCACCCAUAACGUUUGGUCAUUUGAUCGACGAUCCGCACGAAACUGGGGACACGAACUCCGGACGCGAUCAGCAGACGACCGGGGCUAGGGUCCUCGCCAAGCGGGUACGAUUCGGAAGCGAUGUCAAGGGAAAACCGUUCCUCAGCGGAGUCGAAAUUCAAGAAGCAAUAGAUCAGAUGAAAGCAACGAAGACGAACGUUGACGACAAUCUGCAGAGUUUCCAAUCACAGCUACGGUCAUUUUGUUGGGCCACACGGGACUUGGUAGCCAAGACUCAGAGUCGGGUGUACUUCUUUAAAUAUUUCGCGCAGCGACAAGUGAUAAAUGAACACCGACCGAUCGGUUCGUUCCACUUCUUCGAUAACUUGGAAUAUCAUUUCCUUGCGGUCAACUUUGAUUGUCAAAGCCACUUCUAUCAGUGGGAUCCAACGGCGAAAAUGUUUGUGUUAUUGUUUAAAGCCCACACCGGAGUGAUUGGAUCGUGGAAAACUGUAGUGAACAGUGAUCGAGCGAUCUUCCUAGUGACGCUAUCUACGAUCGAGUCUACCAAGUGCAAUAUAACUGGCGUUAGCGUGUGGUUGUUUACAGGGGAACAACUUCAAACGUGGUGGAAUACUGCCGGAUCAGCUUCGAUUCAGGCGAUCAGUUCUGAUCCCCUAAAGCUAGAGAGUUUCUUCGUGUUAAACGUAAACCAUGUAACAGAGUAUAACCUAAUUGGAAACGUCCUACAGCAGUGGGAGCUACCGGAAAGUGUUCCCGGUUACAGGUUCAUCCCAAGCGAAGUUGGUAUGGGAACGGCUUUAAGCGAUGGCAAACUUCUAGUUCAACUGCCAAACCUUAACAGAAGCGAGCAGGUCAUUCGAACUAAACGAAAAAGCAACGAAACCGUUGAAAUGGCUCUGUUCUCCCCGCAAGCAAUGUACGAUCGCAUACACAAAAACUUCUCUUCACCCGGUCGGCUACGUCGAACAAAAGAUGGAUCGUGGGUUACGACCGACACAAUUAAACCGGAUGAUUUGGUAACGAAAGAGCAUACUAAACAAAGUAACGGUACGUUAGUGUAUACCGAUAAAUCUACACAAGAUAAGCUUCCGUAUUACGAACUGUCGCGAGACGAUUCAACGACACAGAAGUCCUCGCUAGUGGAAAGCAGAACUGCCAAAGAGAUACCGCUGGACGGUAUCUUAACUGUUGAUAACCAGCACUUCCCUAACCAUCCCAGUGGGGAUAUAGUAGCCUUUCGAGCUGGACCAUUAAACAAAAAGCGACACCUGGUUGCCGUUUCGACUGUUAUGGAUACCACCGUCAAUGGAAAGCAAGACGCCAUUAAAAUCUACCUAAACAUACAAAACGGUCAGCUCUAUCAGGUUCUAUCCUGCCAUAGACCCUCGCACCUUACCACGCUGGAACUGCGGGAUGAAACCAUUCUAGCCUUCCUGGAAUCACGACAAACCGUACAAAUCUACAUCUAUCGAGGCCCGAAGGGAUUCGUGUGGAACAGCAGCUUCAGGCUGGCAUCGCCGGCGAUUCAAAUGAGCGGUGUUUCGGUACCGCAGCAUGCACGUUUCAUGUGCCCGGUGCACUAUCUAGCGAUUGCAACGGAACAACAGGAACUGGUGUUGCUGGAGGCUAAAACGCAGGGCGACUGUGGGCUUGUGGUUGAUGUGAACUGUGACAUUGAGGAUUAAGGUAAGCUUGAACGCGUUUUCCUUGUUUUAAUUGAAUUAUUCUGUAAAUUUGCGUACAAUUGGUGGAAAUUGUAUGUGCUUUUUGGUUGUGCGAUAAA